AUGCCUUUCCCUAUUCGAAAUUCUCAAUAUAUAGCAUAGCACAAAUACAUAAUCUCUCAAUUUUUCGAUCUUUUGUAUAUUUCCUCUCAAAUGCAGAUCUUUGUGAAAACUUUGACCGGUAAGACUAUCACCCUUGAGGUGGAGUCUUCUGACAGCAUCGAAAACGUGAAAGCUAAGAUUGAAGAAAAGGAAGGGAUCCCACCUGAUCAGCAGAGGCUUAUCUUUGCCGGGAAACAACUUGAAGAUGGAAGAACCCUUGAAGACUAUGAAAUCCAGAAGGAAUCAACGCUGCACUUGGUGUUGCGGCUUCGUGGUGGCAUGCAAAUUUUUGUCAAGACCUUGACGGGAAAGACCAUAACUUUAGAGGUUGAAGGUUCUGAUACAAUUGAAAAUGUGAAAGCUAAGAUUCAGGAAAAGGAGGGCAUUCCACCGGAUCAGCAGAGGCUUAUUUUUGCUGGGAAGCAAUUGGAAGAUGAGCGUACCUUGGAAGAUUACGAUAUUCAAAAGGAAUCCACCCUGCACCUUGUCCUUCGCCUUCGUGGUGGUUUCUAAGUGUCUGCUAUGUCCAACUAGUUCUCUGACUUGGGUGAUGCACAUUAGAUCAUUUUAAAUAUAUAUCCAUAUAUAGAACAAAUAACUUUGAAUCGAUAGAUAUUAAAUAUAAUGACAACAAGAGAUGGAAAUUGUGUUUAUUACAAGCAAAGAAAGAUGUUUAUAUCCGUAAUCAUAUUAUAAUGUGA